GCCAGGCAGUGUCAAGUGACUGGGUCUUGAAGAACUCCAUGGAGCCUCACGCCCUUUCGCACCAUCAAUGUUGUCACAGCUGCCUUGGUGAAACGACCCCCAGCUUGGUGAAACAACCCAGAAUGAUCAACAGCCUGUGCUGGCUCGUCACAUUCUUUGGCACUGCUUCAGCCUUUUCUUCCACAUCAGGUGGUUCUUUGUCUAUGGUGAUGUGGAGGUUCCCAGCAGCAAGAGCCUGCAACAGCAUCAAAAGAGUCCAAGAGAGAGAAGUGAAUAAUUGACACUGCCAUGGAUGUCGACGCUGUGAUCGUUGGAGGAGGCCCUUGUGGCAUGACCUUGUGCAAAGGAUUGCUGGAUCUGGGAUAUUCCGUGGCUGUCAUUGAAAAGGAUCCAUCCAACUUCUCAAGUCAGGACUGGUCCAAAGCAUACUCCUUUCGGGUGGACGUGAGAGGCCUCAGCCUGCUUCGAAGAGUUGGACUCUACGAUAAACUUUUGGCAUCUGAUGCCAGUAUCAGAUCAGAGGGGUUCAAAGGAUUCAAAUGGAUGCCCGAUGGUAAGUUCGUAACGGUACCACCGCGAACUUUGGGAUCUGUGGCAUACUGGAUUGUCCGACCGAAAUUUAUGCAGUUAUUGCAUAGUUCCGUUCCGGACAGUCACAAAAUCCAAGGAGAAGUUUGCGACAUUGACUUUGAGAAGGAUUCUGUUUCAGUUUCUGUCAAGGUCGAUGCUACCGGCACGAGUGAUCUCAAAAAAGUUCGUGCGAAAUUCCUCUUUGGCUGCGAUGGAAUUCGAAGUUUAGUCCGUUCAAAGCUGUGCUCCUUCGACCCAAGUUUUGAAAUCACCAAAGUUCCUUGCCUUUCAGAAGGCCUGGUCUUUCGAGCUACGCUCUAUACGCCGCCGGACUCUAUGGAUCCUAAUGAAACGUACAUAAUUUUCGGCAAAACUGGAUCCAAGUUGGGCAUGUUGCCCUUCGGAGGUGAACCGGGCAAGCCAAGGCCAGUGAGCACGGUUCGUCAGAGCGACUUUUCUUUCUUUCAACUCAAGUCACCAGAAGCCCUCUACGAAGAGUUGGAAGCGGAAUUUCCCCAGCUGGAUAUCCGCAACAGGCUCAGUCCAGAAGCAGCUCAAGCAUGGGUGGAGUCUGAUGGGUCUACCUUUCCUCGGCCAAGAUAUGCGGGGAGAGCUGGCAUUGCAGCUGACGGCGUCGUUUCGUUUCUGGUUGGAGAUGCCAUGCAUUGCUUUCCUCCUGAUCUGGGUCAAGGUCUGAACAGUGGUAUGGUGGACGUCGAACGGGUGCUGGACUUGAUGAGAGAUUUGCGAGAUGCCAAAGACGAAGCGCAGAAACGGUCCAUGGUGGAUGCGCUUAGCCAGGAACUGGUGGCCGAGGCGCAAGCGGUGUGCCAGAUCGUACCCAUUGGCAUGCCAUAUCAGUACAGCUUUCCUUUCUCUCUCCACAAAGCUUGGUUCUUUGCCGACUUUUUGAGUCGAAUGGCACUCCAUCACCUGGUGCCAGCCCUUAUCUCGGCGCCCGCUAUUAUAGAGAUUCAAGAUGAUCCACCCAAGAAGUACACUAUUAUCAUGCAAAAUCACUGGAAUACGUCAAGACGAUUGGCGGUGCUGUUCGGCGUGGGCUCUACAUUGAUUGCUGGUGGUAUUUGGUCGUUACUACGAUGAGGUGUAAGUCUCUAACUUGUGGGCAACGCGACAACCUUGUCUGUGACAAGCUGCCGAAAUAUCCUUUGCGGAGCCCCGCUGCAUGAUCCAAUGAUUCGAUUCCAUUCCAUUAGGUCACAAGAACAAGGUUUGACUUUGUGAUGCGCAUAUUCCCUGCCACUGUGGAUUCGCAGGCGCCACUGGCGCCUAAUGCAGAGAGUCGUAGGUACCAGUACCGAUACAUGAUGGGGCGUGAGCUGCGCCAUCGCCUUUGGCAACCCCGAGAAUGAGUAACGGCGUGCUACAUCGAACAACUCUGCAGUUGUCUACUUUCACCUAAGUGAUGCUCCCAGACACACAGUAGUAGGCAAUAUUUGGUACGGGCUUUAAAGGGAAGAGAUAUCGCUAUAGAAUACAUACUUUCGGAUCGU